ACAGUUCGAACUCACCAACAAAACACAAUCGGGCGACAUAAAAAGAAGACAUCUGUUGGUGUCAAGUUCGUUCUUUCGACCUUCAAUUGCAUAAUGUACUUUGGCGUAUGUCUAGUCGCCUUUUUGGUGUGGAGUGUACCAAGUACUUGCGGUCAGAAAAAUGGUACAAACAAAACGGGAUUGUCUAGUAGAGCUGGGUUUGUACCCGAUGGGUAUGAGGAGGUUAGCACGAAGAAGACUGAGGGGUAUGGAGCCAUAGAGAAAUGCGGGGAGGGUGCUUCUAGAGGGGUGGAUUUGUGUGUACCUUACUACCAAUGCGAUAGUGACACCAGGAUGAUUUUGCAGACUGGUAGGACUGAUGGUUUUGGUGUUAUCGAUAUAAGAUUCGGUGAAGACAAACCUUGCGACCACUAUCUGGACAUCUGUUGCAUAAUACCACCAAACUGGUCUUCCUCAACUCCUCCAGAUGUAGAACCACCACCACCAGAACCUACCAAAGCCAGACCAACUCUUGAACCCUAUGGAGAUACCACACCCAAGCCUACACCAGAAGUACCACCUUAUUCCGAAAGACCAACACCAGUAGUACCACCUUAUUCCGAAAGACCAACACCAGAACCACAACCAACACAACGCCCAAAACCAAUGCCAAACUGGACGUGUGGUGUAAGAAAUGACAACGGUGUAGACUUCAAGAUCACCGGAAAUAACAACCAUGAGGCAGAAUACGGGGAGUUCCCUUGGAUGGUGGCUAUAGUCAAGACCAACUACAAUCCUCCCAACGAUAACCUCUUGAUUUGUGGUGGAUCUUUGAUAUCGCCUAAUGUUGUGCUGACAGCUGCCCAUUGCGUCAACAAAGUCAACAUGCAAGAUAUGAAGGUACGUGUUGGUGAAUGGGACACCCAAACCGAAAAAGAAAGACUUCCUUACCAAGAACGCAACAUCCAAAGGGUGAUUGUGCACGAACAAUUCAAACCACAAGUCCUUUUCAACGAUAUAGCCUUGUUGGUCCUGGAUCGUCCUUUGGAAGAAGCUGAGCAUAUAGGAACAAUCUGCUUGCCUGACCAAGGUGUGGUUUACAACAGUAAGCAGUGUAUUGCUACUGGUUGGGGGAAGGACAGAUUUGGCUAUCAAGGUGUCUACCAAGCAAUCUUGAAGAAAAUCCAGCUUCCAACAGUACCUAAUAAUGAAUGUCAAGACAGAUUGAGGAGGACUAGAUUGGGAAAAUAUUUCGUUUUGGACAAGAGCUUCAUGUGUGCAGGUGGACUCAAAGAACAAGACACAUGCACUGGAGACGGUGGAAGCCCUCUGGUAUGCCCUGAUCCAAAUCAACCUCACAGGUACAGCCAGGUUGGCAUAGUAGCUUGGGGCAUUGGAUGUGGAGACGAAAUACCGGGUGUUUACACCAACGUGGCAGGUUUAAGAAGCUGGAUAGACGACAAAUUGAGGUCUUUGCAGGGCGGAAGCUACCUCACCAUGAAGACGCCCCUCAUUUUCCUGUCAUUUCUAUUUGUCGUUAGAGUUAGAUGUCAAGUCAAGCCCAACAGCAGCGUGGUCCAAGCAGUCAACAACAUCUUCAAUACCACCUAUUACGAAGAAGUAACUCAGCAACCCCUCAGGGGAUUCGGUGCCUUACCAAAAUGCGGAGAGAACGACAGACAAGGAAAAGAUGUAUGUGUUCCAUACUACAAUUGUGAUCCAAACACCAAGACAGUCAUUCAAACAGGUGUUUUCGAUGGUUUCAACAGCAUCGAUAUCAGAAAUAAAACUUUGAGACCAUCAAUUUUAAGUGGAAAAUACGAAGAUGGGGAAAACCAAUGUGUCCACUAUCUCGAUGUUUGUUGCCAAAUACCACAAGAUAACAGUUCUUUUAUUACGUCAACAACACAAAGAAGCAGUUCAAUCCCUCAAUCCGCCUCUGAAGGAGCAUUUACUUCGAGACCAACAUCCAAUACCGAAAGAACCACAAGACCCACUACAACAUCAACCACAAGAAGACCAACACAAACCGAUAAUAGACCAAAUGGAUUUGAAGAUGACAGCUGGUCGGAGUGUGGUAUUAGAAAUGUCAACGGUAUAGACUUCACACUACAGGGUAACUUAUACAACAUAGCUCAGUAUGGAGAGUUCCCAUGGCAGGUGGCCCUUCUGAAGACCAAUUACAGUGAGGCCAUCCAUGGUAAAACGCAGUGUAUUUGUGGAGGUUCUUUGAUUCGACCAAAUGUUGUUCUGACAGCUGCCCAUUGUUUAUCAGUAUAUAAAGUCCCAAAGAUUACAGUAAGAGCAGGAGAAUGGGACACCCAAACUACCAAGGAGAGGAUACCUUACCAGGAACGUUUGGCAAUUAGGACCAUUCAACACGAGAGAUACGGAGAUGGUGCAAUAAACGACAUAGGUCUGGUAGUGUUGGACAGGCCUUUCACCAAAGUGCAGAGCAUUGGCCUGGUGUGCUUGCCCAAAGCAAACCAGGAGGUAGAUAAGCAACACUGUUUCGCUAGUGGCUGGGGAAAAGACAACUUCGGUAGACAAGGAGCUUACUCGGUGAUACUGAAAAAAAUCGAACUACCCAUAGUAGCCAACGACAGAUGUCAGAAUUUGCUGCGUAAAACACGUCUAGGGCCAUUGUUCAAACUUCACUCAUCUUUUACCUGUGCUGGAGGGGAAGCUGGUAGAGAUACAUGCACCGGUGAUGGAGGUAGUCCUUUGGUCUGCCCAGACCAAGAAAACCCAACACGAUAUGUACAAUCCGGUAUUGUAUCUUGGGGAGUUGGUUGUGGACAACAAAAUGUUCCAGGAGUGUACACAGAUGUUGCAAAGAUGAGGAGCUGGAUUGAUAGAAAACUAAGAGAAAUUGAAGAGAGAAAUUGAAAAUUGUAUUAU